AUGUCCGCCGCGCCCGCACCAAGCUCUGCCGCGCCGCGCGAGAAGGCCAUCACCGAGGACGAGGCCAAGCUGUACGACCGCCAGCUCCGCCUGUGGGGUGCCGCCGCCCAAGCCCGCAUGCUCGCCGCCCGCGUCCUGUUCGCCGGCAGGUUCCGCGGUCUCGCUGUCGACGCCGUCAAGAACGUCGUGCUCGCCGGCAUCGGCAGCGUCACGCUGCUCGACGGCGAGGACCUUGCCGAGGAGGACCUCGGGAGCAACUACUUCGCGCGCGAGGACGAGGUUGGCCAGAAGCGCGUCGAGGCGUCGGCUCCAAGGGUGCAGGCGCUCAACCCGCGCGUCAACCUGUCGACCGAGACGGACGCGGCGCUCCUCUACAGCGAGGCGUUCCUCGAGGGCUUUGACCUUGUCGUCGUCACCGAUGUCGAUGCACCUACGGCGCUGCGGGUCAACGACCUGACGCGCAAGUUGGGCAAGAAGCUGUUCGCGGCGGGCAGCGUCGGUCUCGAUGGGUGGAUGUUCGCCGACCUCCUCGAGCACGAGUACAUCAUCGACAAGCACGUCUCGCGCACGCCGGGCGAGACGACCAUCGUCCCGACCAAGCAGACGCUCGCCUACGUCCCCCUCUCGCUCGCCCUCGCGCACUCGUUCGCCAGCAUGAAGAAGCGGGAGCUCAAGCGCACGGGGACGGUCCUGUGGGGCGUGCUCGCCCUGUUCGCCGCGCAGCGUCAUGCCCACCCAGCACCCAUAGCGCCCUCGGCUACUGAGGUCUCGGAGGAGGAGCUCUCGCAGGCCGCCAAGAAGCUUCUGCCUGAGCUCGGCGCGAGCGAGGACAUGCUGCCGAGCGAGGAAAUCAGCCGCCUCGCUGCCCUCCAGAGCGCCGAGUUCGCCCCCUCGUGCGCCGUCCUCGGCGGCCUUCUCGGGCAGGACAUCCUCAACGCGGUCGGCGGCAAGGAGGAGCCGGUCCGCAACCUGUUUGUGUUCGAGGGCGAGACGGGGCAGGGCCGGGUCUGGGCACUCGGCGUGUAGACGGUGGACGAGGCGCGCGAGAGGAGGACGAACGCAGCCUUUUCUGAC